AGGCGAGAUCCAGUUUAAGAGUGCAAGGCCUAUCUGGGUCUUGAAAUAAUAAUGUCCGCUUUGAAGUGGAAAAAGUUAUGACCCAUGAUACAGACAUUACUGAAGCAGCCCAAUUUACGUUAUCUUGUGCAUGCUAUUGGUGGGGAACUCUCAAUGACCGGGGAAGAAAUGGGGAAUGAAACUGCGUCUUCAAUUACAACCCCCUUACUAUUUCACAGAACGAAUUUCAGUUCAGUUUUACAGUUCGCAUCCCUCCCGUGGUGAUGGGCUUGCCAGCGAACGGUCUACGAAAUCACAGGCGGGCAGUUUCAAGGCCUUGAUGGAGCCUAUGGGCACGCCCGUACGUGAAUCGACAUCGUCCAGUUCUCAACAGCCACCAACAAGAGUUUCCAUGUAACCUGCCGGGUGCCACUCCUCUCUUCACUACCACAAGGAGAAAAUAUCGUUCUGCUGCUGUUUUUGCAUUCUGCUUCUCAGAUUGAGUUCUGCACUUAGGUCGAAGAUGUCGAUGAUGCAGCUUGCGAGCGAUGCUGUGGACAGACCUUCGAAUCUCGGAACCAAAUCAUAGCAUUUCAUUUCAUCUUUUGAGCGUGUCGAAGAGGCAGUCCUUGAGAAUACCAAGUGAACUUCAUGGGCACCUCGACCCGGGGGUACAAUCAUCUGGCAAAUGCACACAAAACACACAAAAAAUUGACUGCAGCAAAUGUGCAGUGCAAUAGAGCAGGUACAAGCUCUCAUUGCUAUUAAAUAGAGAGAUAAUAGUGGGACAUCAUGUUAAGCCCAACCAACGAGAAGCCAUCCAUUCUCGCCACAUCAGUGUCGGAGGGGAUUGUCCAACAAUGUUGCACUACUGGAGGAAAGUGUGGCAAAGAUUGUGGUUCAGGGAAAGGAGGACAUGUCGGAGACAGUUGCAGAUGUGAAACAAGUUGUAAAUGCAAAUCCAGAAAUCAUCAAGGUUCAAAUAUCGGUUCUGAAUCUGCUGAUCGCAAGGAUAUCAUUCCAGGCGAUUGCUCUGAUAAUUCAUGCAAUCUCUCAAAGCCCACAGACCCCACCAAUCUUAAUGCAGUCACCACCAAUGGCAAAAAUCUGGCAACUACCACCUCCCAAUUGUCAGAGAACAGACAGGAGUGCGAGAGGAAGAAAGAGGUGGACGUGAAGAAAGAAAUUGAAGGGAAUGAAGAGAAAAACAGGAAAAGCGUCGAGGACAGAAAGAGGUGCCCACAAUCAGGUGAUUGUAAUGGCUUAAAAGACGACACUUCUAUAGUAUGGCAUUCGAACCAGGGGUCAGUCGAGGGAGUGUUCCGAUCGCAAACUAGGGAACAGAAGGUCGAAACCCAUGCGUCGAAAGAGGAGUGGAAGCUCUGUGCGCUAACUGGAGACGACUAUGACCAUCAUGACAAGUUGGGUUUGCCUUUACCCCAGGGAGACAAGUUGAAGGCCAUCUUGUUUGAUAUUGACGGAACGAUCGCGGAUUCAGAUCCGAUCCAUUUCUUAGCCUUUCAAGAGAUUCUUGCUGAGGCAGGGUAUAAUGGAGGUGUACCCAUCAGCCAUGAGUUCUUUAUCCGCCAAAUGAGCGGUAAACUGAACUACGUCAUCGCAGACGAACUCAUGCCUGAAAUGGAAGAGAAAAUGCGAGUUGAAAUGAUGGACGAGAAGGAAGCUCGCUACAGAAAGUUGGCAUCCAAGGACCUCCAGCCCAUCCCCGGCUUUCUCCAGUUUAUCGAGUACGUGAAGAAACGAGGGCUUCGUCGAGCAGCAGUGACAAACUCUCCGCGAUUGAACGCGGAGCAAGUCAUAUCCGCACUGAAUAUCCCCGACUUCUUCGAAAUCGUUGUGGCGGGGAGUGAAUGCGACAACCCCAAACCGCAUCCCGACCCAUAUCUGAAAGCCAUCAAGUUCCUGGGCCUGGAACCGAACCAAUGCCUGGUAAUGGAGGGGAUUCUUUUGUGCGGAGUGCAGGAUUCGCCAUCAGGCGUGGCGGCGGGAAAAGCAGCAGGAUCGCCGGUGGUGGGAUUGCUCACAGGCCAUCCCGGUGCCGUGUUGAAGCGCAGUGGUGCGUCGGUGUUGAUCCAAAACUACGACGACGCGGCGCUGUGGAUGGCGUUGGGCGAGGAUGCCUGCGCCGCCACAAAACUCUUGUCGCCGAAUCACGGGCCGGGGACGGGGUCCUCGUCCUCCUCGGCCGGGUCGCCGCCGCCCGUGCCCGUCACCGUUCCCACCUCCUCGUAAGUGGGCGUCAUUGCGUUCCCAUGAAGACACUACGAAACCUAAUACAUAAAGGGGAGUGUAUUGUCAUCUCCAUUAUUGGGUAAAUAAAUGAAUGGGUAUUAUCCCACUUUGGAGAAUUUUCUUGCCCUAAAAUUGGAUAGGAAUGGAUAGAAGUGAAUGAAGAAAGGAGGAUCUUACUUCCUUGUUUCUCCAGUCAAGUUGCAUAGAUUAGAGGUUGAUAUUCUCAUGUUUUAUGAUUUUUUUAAAUAUUUUUCUUUCCUUUUCUUCUAAUCUAUUUAAAUGGCUUUUUUGUCUUUUGUUUUCAUAAUUUAGUGCACUGAGGACAAUGAAAUCAUAUUGAAGCACUGUUUUCUUUGUUAUCCUAUUUAAUUCCACUUGUAAUAAGUUUUAUAAGAUAAAAUGUAAAAUCUUUAUUUUGAGCAA